AUGGGGCUGCAGCUCGGGCCGCCAACGCCGUAUUGGCAGGCUGAGGGCGGCUACGGCGUGGUUGACGAGGCCGACAGGGAGGCCGGCAUUGAGGAGGAGCAGGGCGUGCAGCCCGCCGAGGGUGCCGCAAGCGGCGCCGCUGCCGGCAGCAGCGUGGGCGGGUCAGCCGCCCGCAACCUGAAAGGCGAGGCCCGGAAGGCCGCGCCGGGCAAGAAGUAG